AGAAAAGCCUGCGUGCAGCAAUGAAGACCCAAUGAAGCCAAAAAUUUAAAAAAAAAAAAAAAAAGUAGUUGAAAAGCUUUGAAGAUACAUUAACAUUUAUUCUUAAAGUUUUCCACAAAGACAUUUUUGGGUCAUUUGAUACAUAAAGCAUUACUCCCCCUUAGAACCCCACUAGCUCACCAUCUCAAAACAAGCCCUGAUUUAAUAUAGGUUGGGGGAAGCCUGGGUGGUGAGGGGAGGGUGAGAUCUUACAACAGGUAUCUAACGAAUGUCAUUGAAAACAUCUGGAGUGCUUGCCUCCUUUCCCCGAAACAGAUGCUAGAACCUUCGACCCACUGGCCAGUAAGAGCAACUAACCUAAAACAACGCCCUUCCCUCAUUGUCUCUCAAGGUCUUUUAGGAGGGUGGUUAAUCUAGCUGUAUUUCCUCUUCCUGUUCUGGCUGCAGGGAGGGACAAGAUGAGGUGAAAGGAGGCACAUCUCCAAGAUCGGCUGGAGCCAUAGCAGAAGUGCAAAUCCUGUUCCAGCUCCUGCCACUUCAUAGUACAAGCUACUUUCUCAGCCCUUUUUUCAGUUACCUGCUCAGCCAUCUGCCAGCAUCCAGCCAGCUAUGAAGCAUGAAUGAGAUGAGUCCUAGUAUCUCCCCAUCUAGGACUAGGAAUGCCCGCCUCCCACAUCCCCAGAUCCCCAAGACACCAGAGGGGACAAUAGAACCAUCCUUGCAUCUGCCCACAGAACUUCCAACUGCCUCGGGUCAUCCAAGGGGAUGUCGUGUCACAUUGUUUUUCCGAAAAAAUCUAUAAAAGCUUUAAUCUCACCUGGCUACAAGAGGAAGGCUAAAUGGGAUUUUCAUGCAUUAUAAAGUGUAGGCAACCUGAAUUCUUUGGUGAACUCAAGUUGACAGACUUUUCAUCCAGUGGGAUUUUUAGGCAAAGUCCCUGCUGAAAUUUUUUAUUUUCUUAAACUGGAGGCAUUUCCUUGAACUGCAUGUUUUAGGGCUCUUUUUCUUUUUCCAGAAACCCAACCGGAAAUAAGCCCCAAAGGGAGAUUUAUUGGAAAUAAACUGUUAGCCCAGAGAAUUAAGGAAGCACUACAGGAACUAGAUUACUUUGGGGACUCGUGGGCUGGAACCAGGAACUCAGAUACUGUCUCUCCUCUUCCUCAGGGACAGGCAGCUCCAGCAUCACAAGCUCUCAGCUAAAGCACUUCUCUUUCCUGGAUUCAGCUUGAGAGAGCUCUGGGAGAAACUGGCCAGGCUUGGGUCACGUCCCCACCUAUUGGACCACUCACGGUAGCCAGGAAUGGAUAGGGUAAGAUCUUAUGCUUGGCCCUGCGUGGAUUAUGUGUCCGCCCUGUGGCCAGGGAGAGGUGAUCCAUUUUCAGAAGAAUAGGGUAUCAUACACAUGGGCACUGGAGAAAUCAAGAGCUAGGUAGCCAUGUAAUUUGUUUCCCCCUUUGGUGAAAAUGCUUCAAAAUUCCAUUAUUUAAAAAAUGAAAUAAUAUUCCAAAGAGUCACUGCUGACUGUUUCCAGGGAGGCCGAAAUUUCCCCAACCAUCAUGACUGCUGCAGCUUUUAAGUAGAUGGUGAGGAUCCUGGGAACUGCAUAACCUGUUCACAUGGCCUAGGAGCCCACCAAAGCAUGAUUACUGUUAGCCUAGGCUUACGUCCAGGGAACUUGCUUGGACUUCUUUGUACAUCUCUCAUCCAUACUCACCAUCUAAGUAAAAAGUCCCCGAACAUCUGCCUUCUCUUGUACUCUUAGGCAUUUGUACAUCUUCUCUCAUUUAAUUCUGACAAUAUUUUGAAACAUAGGCAUUAUUAUCCACAUUUUAUAGUUGGCAGGGAACAAAGAAACUAAAGCACAGAGAGGUUAAGUUGUCCCAAGAAGAAUUCUUGUCCCAAGAAGAAUCCCCAUUCUCCUUUGGGAUUACUCUCCUAUUUCCUCUCCUGUCUCCACUCCCCCGCAGGCUCAUUCACUAAUUUCACUAGUUUGUUUUACAAAACAAAUGCUCCCACACAUUUGAUCCAAUCACAGAACAUUCCUUCCACUUCCUUGGCUGACUUGUUCCUAAAGAACUGGUUCUUCUUCAGCCUUACAAAAAGAAGACUCUCACUCUUCACAUUCAACACCUCAGUCAGGAUGUGGGAUCAGAUUUCAGAUCAUUGUGCCCCUAUUUUUAUUCUUUGAGAAGAGUGAUGUGUCCAAUUGAUCCAUGAUUAUGUUAGCAGUUAUCAUACUGAAUUGCUGUUUUUCUAUUAUUUGUCUCCAUCAUUAGAUGGUAAUUAUCUUAAGAACUGGGACUGCAAACCUUGGACAUAACAGUUUCUCAGUAUGUGAAUUGAACGAAUGAAUGAUUAAGCAAAUGAAUGAAUGAUGAACUAAAGACCAUGGGGUUCAGUAUCAAAAAAUCUGGGUUUGAAUUCUGUCUCUAUCACUUACUCUCUGAGUGACUUGGGACAACUUAACCUCUCUGUGCAUUAGUUUCUUUGUUCCCUGCCAACUAUAAAAUGUGGAUAAUAAUGCCUAUGUUUCAAGAAUAUUGUCAGAAUUAAAUGAGAGAAGAUGUACAAAUGCCUAGUACUAUGUAGGGCAUAUAGAAGAACUCUGUAAAUAGCAGCUUUAAAAAGGAGAUGUUAAAAGACUUAACAAAGACAAGUGGAGGGAACUCGUUGGUCACCACUAGGGAGAACAUUGGCCAAGGCUCAUGACUUGGACCUCUGGAAUAUAUACUGGAUACCUUCAGGGUCAAAGGUAGGGGGGAAAAUGGCAUAACAAAGAAAACCAUGGCAGAAAGGAGCCAAAAGUCAUUAUUACUAAACUGAAAGUUUCUGAGAAGAGUGAUAUACCUAAUUUAUUAAUGUAUACUUAGCAUCUAGCCCCGCACCAUACAUUACAAAUGUUUGUUGAAUAAAUCAGUGAAUGAAUACUGAUUAGGAUCUUUUGAGAUUCUUAACCUUGACAAGUGAUCUAUGAAUUUAAUAUUUAAAAUAAUUUUAAUGUAGAAGAGAUAUAUAAAAUAUUCCUAAUGUAGAAAAUGUAUUUAAUCAACAGAUUUCAUUGAGCAGCCAUUAUGUGCAAGGGACUUAGGUACAAAGAGAGGGGAAAGCGUCCGUAAGCUCAUCCUCAAGAAACAACUGCUAUUAACAUCUUGAGUAUUUUUCCUCUUUUCUUUUCUUUUCUUAGGAAACAUAUUCUGUGAAUUCACUUUACUACAUCAGACAACCAUAUAUGAUAAUCAGCAAAUAAAAUUUUCAAUGUAUGUCUGACCCUUUUAUUUAAAUGAAGAGGACUAUUCUAAUUUUCUAGUCACUUGCCUCAACUUUUCAAGUUCCAUUUCAGUAUACGAAGCUUGAAAUUGAAGGAAAAGUGAAGAAGAGAUGUGAGGGGGAAAUUAAAAAUAAGUUUCACUCACAUUUUUUAAUUCACUUUCAUAAACCCUAAAUAACCUACAAUUUAAGUUAUUAAAAUUUUAGUUCAGGAGAUUUUCCGAGCCUUUUGCUGGUGAAAGCUUUCCCUGAUAGACAGAUUCAGGAUUUGGGACAGGAGAUCCUGAUCUUUGAGACCAAAGCAAAAAUCUCAAACUCUUCUUUCAGAUCUAUUUUGCUCUAAGUGAAAUCUGAAGCAUUUAAAAAUCCAUCCAUGUAUAGUAACACCCCAGGCUUUUUCCUUAUCAUCAUGACUUGAGAAAUUAAGUCUGACCACAGACUUAACAGUGAUUGCAGGAAUAGCUAACUCUUUGCUCUGUGCUUAAGUUUUCACAUCAUUAAGAUCAUUCUAAAUUUUAACUCUUUUAUCUCUCUUUUUUCAAUUAUCUUUCAAACACAAGUAUUUCCAUGCCAUUAAAUUACCUAUAAACAUGAUAAUGUUUAAUGUCUACAUAAUAUUCUAUUAUAUGAAAAUACCAUAAUUUUCUUUAAAUUUUCUCUUUUUUGGACAUUUUGGUUUCCAACUUUUAGCCGUUAUAAACCACACUUGGAGCAAAACUUUUUCUUUCAGAAAAAGGCCUUUCUUUCAGCAAAGAUCUCCCCCAGACGGACAAUCAUUAAUUCAAAAGGCAUAAAGGUGUUUUAAGUUCUCAAUACAUCAAUUGACUUUUACCAUGGUAUAAGAGAGCACCUAUUUCACUAUACCCUUACCAGGUAUCUUAAAUAAUAAUACCAGGUAUCUUAAAUACCAGGUAUCUGGGUCAUCUUAAAAGAAGGGGAAAAUUUUUGACUAAUUUGAUAGAUGAAAUGAUAUCUAAUGUUAACUUAUAUUUAUUGGAUCCCUGAUAGGGUUCAAUUCUUGGCCAUUUCUGUCCCCUCAUCUGUGAAUUCAAUUGUUUAUUUCUCUUUUAAGAUGUUAACGCUUUAUUGAUUUGUACAGGCUCUUUGUAAAAAUAUAAAUCUGUUGUCUGUCAUAUUUAUGGUGGAUAGUUUUCUCUAUUCGAUUUUUGCCUUCAACAUCCAUUCAACACAUAUUUAUCUGAGUCUCCCCAAGGCAUUGGUCUAGUCAUCAAGGAUGAAACAGACACAGUUCCUGCCCCUAAGGAUCUCAGAGUUUAACAGGGGAAGGCAGGGGAGUAAAUGAUGAGUGCAGUAAGGCUUUCAAAUGCUCUGUUGGAAGUACAAAUAGACUAGAGUGGCCACACUAAAAGAGGUGAGUGGUCACGUCUACACUUACCGGCUAGGAGAGGCUUCACAGAGGAGGUGAUUCUUAUCUAAGUAUAAAAUGCUGGGUAAAUUACUAGAGCGACAAGGGACAAAGUGGAAAAAAGCAUUCCAGGCAGAGGGAACACCUACAGACAGGGCCUGCUAGGGAAACGUCAAUAGCUGGUGUUAGGCUAGGGAAUAAAACUAAAACGUCAGGCAGGUCUUGAGAAAGAAGGGGCUCCAGACCUCAGAGUCACAUAAUUUUUUAAAUUAUAUAUAACUUUAGAUGUUUAAGUCAAAUUGAGUGUUACCUUAUUCAUCUCUUACAUAAUAUUUAAGCUAAGAAAGUCCUUCCUGACCCAGAACUUUAAUACUUACCUUUGUUUUCCUCUAGUUUCCAUUUUUAAUACUUUGUUUUCAUUUUAGUCUUUACAUUUAACUGUUUAAUCCAUCUGGAAUUGACUUUGGUGUGUAUAAGGUAAGCCUCAUUUGAUUCUUUUUUCUGUUUUAAUGUUUAUCACGUCCAUAUUGUCCAUUAAGCUUUUCUCUGUAACCCUAUUGUGCCAGUGGGUAAAACAGGGAGUGCUGAAUAGCUAAUAAAAUGUAUUCCCAGCUGGGGACAAUGCUUCGGGAAACGAAAGAAAUUUCUCUGGGGUUUGCUCUUUCUCUGAGGUGUGUUAAACACUACAGGUACAAACUCACAGCCAUUUAGGAUCACCGCUCUCAGAGUACUACUGCUACUUUGUAUUUAUAGAUUGCAAAUUUUUUAAGGAGCCAACACUUUCCACAGAGAGGACUUUAUUCUCAUGACCACUGAAGCCGGGAGAGGGAAGAAGAAUAUGUCACCACUGCUUGAUUGUUUACUCCCACAAGAAAUUAUGUGGAGUCAGACUUGUUCCCCUGAUGCUGGCUGGAAAUCAGCAUUCUGAAGACCUGUCCACCAAUCACAGGGCUCCUUACUGGGUGAAAAAAACGACUGCUAGACAUUGCCAGGAGUCCCUAGCAACACCGUGGCUUUUGAAAUCUGGAGGGGGAGGCCGUGCAGUCAGCCGACAGUAGAGGAGAGUGCUGAUGCCUCAGGAAGAGACGGCUCUCAGGAUGGACACCCCACCCUCUGAAGAACCCUUAGAUAAGCAAAACAAAAAUCUAGAAAACCAGGAAGAGGAGAUGGAGUUUAAGGAACUGGAUGGUCUGAGGGAAGCCUUGGCAAACCUCCGGGGACUGUCCGAAGAGGAGAAGAGUGAGAAGGCGAAGCUGUACUCCCGCAUCCAGGAGCAGUCCCAGCUCAUCUGCAUCCUGAAGCGGAGGUCAGACGAGGCCCUGGAGCGCUGCCGGAUCCUGGAGCUGCUCAACACAGAGCUGGAGGAGAAGAGGAUGCAGGAUGCUGAGAAGCUGAAGGCCAAGAGCGAGCAGGCCCAGAGGCUGGAGGAACGCUUUAUGACCCUGGCAGCCAACCAUGAGUUGAUGAUCCGCUUCAAGGACGAACACAAAAGUCAGAACAUCAAGCUGAGAGAGGAGAAUGAGAAGCUGAGGAUGGAGAAUGACCACCUCUUCAGCCAGGCUCUGAAGGACCAGGAGGCCAAAGUAUUGCAGCUCACUGCCCGGAGUGAGGCCCUCACCAAGGAGCUGGAGUCUCUGAAACAGAGGAGCGCUCAGGAAGCCUGCCAGGCCCAGGCCCGAGAGAAGGAACUGCUGGAGCUGUUCCAGAGCCAGCAGGCCUGCGCCCACACCAAGGACACAGAGCAGCUGCGCAACCAGCUGCAGAGCCUCAAGCAGCAGCACCAACAGGCCAUGGAGCAGAUGGCCAAGGCCGAGGAGGCACACAGCCAGCUGAACCGGGAGCUGCAGGCCAGGCUGCAGACCGUCACUUGUGAGAAAGACGAGCUGUUGCAGCUGUCCAUGGAGAGGGGCAAGGUGCUUCAGAACAAGCAAGCAGAGAUCCGCCAGCUUGAGGAGAAGUUGGAGACGGCCGAUGUGGCCAGGAGGCGUGCGCUAGAGCGGUUUGAACAAGAGGCAGUGGCCGUGGACAGUAACUUGAGAGUCCGGGAACUCCAGCGCAGGCUAGAUGGGAUCCAGAAGGCCUACGAUGAACUCAGGCUGCAGUCAGAAGCCUUCAAAAAGCACAGCCUGGAUCUUUUAAGCAAGGAGAGAGAACUCAACGCCAAACUCCGCCAUCUCUUUCCAUAAGGAAGCUUCUGGUUCCUCUGGCCUCCAAUUUAGAAAUCAAGUAUUUGUGCCUUGUGGCAAGAGUAAAGAUGGGAUUCCAUUUAUUCUACCUUUAAGUACAAGAGACCACUCAAAGAAAAACUACUUUACUAUGACAUUGUUGUUGCCAUUGUCAGGAUAACACUAAUUUUCAGUCCUACCACCUAGAAUACACGAGAUUAACCAAA